AUUAAACAUUUUAUUUUACUGUUAAGGUGUCAUGGAAAAACUUGGUCUUGGUCCAAAGGUCCUUCUACAGGAAAAUCCAAAACUUAUCUAUGCUAGACUUACUGGAUUUGGCCAGUCAGGAAGAUAUGCAAAGUCUGCAGGUCAUGACAUCAAUUAUUUGGCUUUGUCAGGUGUGCUGUCGAAACUUGGUAGAAAAGAUGAAAAUCCUUAUGCACCAGUAAAUCUUCUGGCUGAUUUUGCUGGUGGAGGUGUCAUGUGUGCAAUGGGUAUAAUUAUGGCCCUCUAUGAACGUACAAAAUCUGGCAAAGGGCAGGUCGUUGAUGCAAGUAUGGUAGAAGGAGCAGCAUAUCUAAGUUCUUUCCUGUGGAAAUCACAAAAUUUAGGCCUUUGGAAUAGACUUCGGGGGGAGAACUUGCUGGACAGCGGAGCACCUUUUUAUGAGACCUACAAGACCCUAGAUGGGAAAUUCAUGGCAGUUGGUGCCAUUGAGCCCCAAUUCUAUGAGCAGCUAGUAAAGGGUAAGUAACUUUCAGCAGUUGGUUCAUACAUGUGCCUUUCCUCAGCCAAGAGUGGUUGAAUGAAAUGAAGUCAUUAUCAUUUGAUAUUUGUUCCAUGAAAUCCAUUAUGUUUGUUUUUUUGUACAGGCAAGAGACCUUUUGAAACCAGUUUCAAUAAACUAUUUUUUGUAA